AUGUCGUCUCUCAGAAUCAUCUGGAAGUAAGUUGUUCACUGGCGAAUGAACGUUUCUCGAUAGUACACCCUUAAAGUGUUGUAAAAAUUCAUUUGUUAAUUCGCUUUAAAGUGGUGAUUCACUCGCUAAGGGCCAUGUUUUUCUCCUUAACGUUGACAUAUAAGCGGUAAAUUCUAUCAUUUUUCUGAAUAUGGAAGCUGACGAAGUGAAGCCUGACGAGAGAGCUUUAUUGUGCGGCUGGAGAUCGUUUAGGCCUAAAGUUCUUCAAAGACUCAACACACCAAAAUGGUUUCUUGUGUUUCUCACCAUAUACUCCUUCAUGCAAGGUAUGAUUGCGACAGGUCUAACGGCUGCUGGUCUUACUUCGCUGGAAAAGAGAUUCAAACUAACCAGCAAGCAGAGUGGUAUGAUUGUUGCAGCAAAUGACGUCUCCGCACUGAUUCUUAUCAUCUUCAUUAGUUACUUCGGAGGUCACAGGAACAAAGCCCGCUGGCUGGGCAUAGGAGCACUGGUAACUAGUCUGGGAUGUUUGAUGUUCGCCUUACCUCACAUCCUUGUAGGCAAGUACACCCCUCUUAAAGUUGAGACGAGUGGAAGCGAACAAACGUGUUGGUUCAAUAGUACCAAGAUCCCUAAAGAUGACACUGCGUGUGCUGAAGCCAAAGGUUAUACAGCUUGGAAGUAUAUGCUGGUGUUUGUCGGGGCGAAGCUUCUUUUAGGGGCAGGAACCACCCCUUUGUUUACACUUGGUCCGGCUUAUAUUGACGAGAAUGUGAACCCAAAGGCGGCGCCCAUGUAUCUUGGGGUCUGGUUUAUAGCAACUUUCUUUGGUCCUGGAAUUGGUUACGUUGCGGGAGGGUCCCUUCUUAAUGUGUGGGUGGACUUAAUUCAGCCUCCCGGAGUUGACUUGACGCCUGAUGAUCCUCGCUGGAUUGGGGCCUGGUGGCUAGGGUACUUUUUCGGGGGUCUAUUACUGUUAUGUACCUCUAUAGCACUUCUUGGUUACCCCAGAGAGAUGCCAGGAGCCCGUGAACAAAGAUUGGCCGCCAUUAGGGAAGGACUUUUACCGCCUAGCGACGAGCACAUUCAAGGCCGACUGAAGGAUAUUUUACCAGCCACUAAAGCUAUCCUUACAAACAAAGUGUUCAUGUUCAAUACUUGUGCAUUUUGUUGUACAACUCUCAUUGCAACAGGCUUGGGGCCGUUUGUCUCCAAGUUUAUCCAGUCGCAGUUUGGGAAAUCUUCCUCGACAGCAGGAAUCCUGUCAGGUAUUGUCAUCAUCCCAGGCACUGCCGGCGGUAUAUUCCUGGGCAGUUACCUGAUCAAGAGAGUUGAUGUGAGACGGUCGUGUAAGAUAGCUGCCAAGUACUGCUUUAUCUUUCAAUUUAUCGGUACCUGGGCUGUACUUACUUUUCUAAUUCCCGGUUGCAAGACGACACUGCUCGCUGGUAUCAGUCAUCCUUACAACAACAGAACUCUUGUGGAUAUAAACAAAUCUUCACCUUGUAACAACCUGUGUCACUGUAACAGCCUUGAGUAUGACCCCGUGUGUGGAAUCGAUGAGGUGUCCUACUUCUCACCAUGCCAUGCUGGCUGCACUAAAAGAACUAUUAACGAGGGAUUGAAAAGAGUUACCGACAGAGAGAUGUAUGAGAACUGCCGUUGUAUUGCGCCUCAAGAUAGGACCGUUCGGCAUGGUUCUGCUCUACAGGGAACAUGUGACCGAGACUGUAAGAAUUUGAUUCCAUUUCUGUUCGGCGCUGUGGUGUUACUUACCUUCAAUUUUAUGAAUGCCACGCCCAACAAAACUGUCGUGUUGAGAUGCGUACCAGACAAUCAACGGACAUACGCUCUAGGUCUUCAGUGGCUAUUUCUGUGUAUGUUUGGUUCCAUGCCUGGUCCUGUAUUAUUCGGUGCAUUUAUUGACAAGACCUGUAUCUUGUGGGAAGAGACGUGUAGCGGCAGAGGCAGCUGCCUGGAGUACAACAACGAACUUCUUAGCUAUUUGUUGGUAGCAGCAGGCCUGUUCUUUCAGAUUCUCUCAACGGCUCUAUACUUUGGUUCGUGGUUCUUCUGCAAGUCAAACGACCCUCUCACCCCCAAUAUACCCGAUGUAGAUGAUCCAGCCUCGUCUCAAACUCGCCUCAGUCCUCCACAGACACCAGUGCCUGGUUUUGAAUUCCGCCUACAGCGCCGAGCAGCUGGUCAGAAGACUCAUCCAGAGGGAGAAGCUCUUGCAGAAGCUGAUCGUGACAGAGAAAACUCAUCCCCAGUUCCUGGCUUCGCACGGUAUGAAGCUGAUAAUGACAGCGUGUUCCUAUCAUUUAGGAAUGCAGGUGAAGAGAGCCAAAAUAGUUUUCUCUCAAUCGGUCAGAUUGAGUCUUCGAUUUGAGAUAAAUUGUACGUUGUGUUAAAACAGAUACAAAUUUUAGGUUGUAUUUUCACAUUGCAAUUGAUAAAUUAGCACUCAAAGAAGAAAUCCAUCGAUGUAUGAAAAAAAAAUAAUUUCCUAACGUUUUCAGAUUCUCGUACAUCCUUCUUCUUACUAUUUGUAAGAUCUCAAUUGUAAAAGUCAAAUUUUUAGAUCAAAAACAAGUCCACAAGAUUCUCGCCAAUUAUCAAAACAUAUUUGAAGAAAGAAAAAAACAUGACGUUUUCUUGGCAUUUUGUUCAUCUACAGUAGCUUUAUAACCGGUGCUUGGUCAAACGAUGUUUGUUCAUAUCGAACUUACUAACCACCCGUUCUUUCAGGGGGUUUUGAAGGGAAACCCUCUUUUAGCUCACUUGGUUUCGAGUGAGGCCUAGGUAUGGUAAAUUAAAACAAAUUAUUCGUGUCAUAAAAAGAUUGUCCAACACGAUCAAUUUGAUUUUAAAUCGAAUUAAUUGGUCAAUAACACUUAAAAUGGUAAAUAAAAAUAUUAGAAAUUAUUAGAAAGAUAGAGUAAUUAUUAUAUUGAUGUCGGUAGCACAUCAUGUAUUUCGUUUUUUCAAUUUUGUAUUUUUUACUUUAGUUAUUGUUCUAUUUUGAGGUUUUGUUAUCUUGGUGGGAUUGACAAUCCGGUUUUAUAAAUUUACCUAUCGCCUUUUUUUAACAAUGCUUAUCAUUAAAAUUAAAACUUUCUCGAUUGUGAUUGGUUUAAAAAAACUCCUAUUUGCCUCUAAUUCACGUGCGGAAAGUUUGUUAUUGGACAGUUCAAUAAGCCAAUCACAUUCAAAGAUGUAGAUUAAAUCAACCAAUCCAAAGUUGUAGUUUGAACCUUGGUUUCAAUCAGCUAAGAAACAGUAUACAGAAUCUAAACUGGAGCUUUCUCCAAAAUGAAGAAUUUUUUCCAAUUUUGGAGCGACAUUUAACAAUUUAUACUCUUUGAUCAGUUUUUCAAUGCAAAUUUUCCCUUUCUGUCAUAACUUGGCUAUUCUUCUAUCUCGGAAAUUGUAAUUUUUAUGAUUAAUUGGUAACAAGACUACGCGUUGUCCAAUUCAGUCUGCAAUCAUACUCGUGAUAAACAAAUCGCACUCCCGCUGCGCGGCAGUCCGAUAUUGUUUUCACUCAUAUGAUUACAGACCGAAUUGAUCUCCACUCAGUCCUAUUGAUAAUACAUAUUUACCAGUUUAUUUUUGAUACUAGUAACAGUUUAGGUUCAGAUAGGUAAGUGAGGGUGUGUCAGUGAGGCGUGAUAUCUCAAGAGUGGUUAUUUUUUUUUCUAAAAUCUCUUUUGGGUAGUAUGGAGCAUCAUAUUCACUGUUUUAAUUCAUCAAUACUGAGCUUUAAGAUGAUUUAAAUAUCACUAAAGUGCGUUGAAAUUCUUAAAAUUUGGAUUCAAUUUCCUUCACCCCUAGGGCUCGUCAGGGGUUCUUGUGCUGGAAAUAAACUUGAUAUUUUUGACGGUUAAUUCAAUAGGUGAAUUUUUUUUUCUACUGCUCUAUCAUUUGCAUUUCGAAAACUGCAAUUUGUGAUUUCGUGGUUUUCUGUACAUUUUUUUACUUUCCAAUCUUUAAAGGACUUUCAUUUACUUUGUAGAAUUUGUCACUGUGUAUAGAACCUAUGGGAAAACAUCGUACAUUGCGAUUUAGUGAUUAAUAGGAAGUUUUCUUGUAUUUUAACCUUCAUGUAAGCAAUUUCAAUAAUAUUGUUAAUGAGUAAAGCACGAGCCUGCAUUAUUAGCGUGUGUUAUUCACUGAAAAAUGGUCCUGUCUCUGUAUUAUCUUACUGGUCAAAAGUAACAGAGAAUGUUCAUAGUUUUUUUCUAGUUAUGAUAUUGUUUUUUUCCUUGGAUUUCUAAUUUUUUAAAAACGCGCUCGUCGAUAACGUGCUGGUUCACUGUUUUCAUGGCCUAAUCUUUCUGUCGUCUCUUUGAACUUCUGGCCACUUAAUUUUUUGUUUCACUUCGGGCUCUAAGUGUGGAAUACCGCUAUCACGCCAUAUCUAAGGCUCGUGCUUUUCUUGAGUUCAAGUUUACUGGUUUACCUGAGGUUCAAGUCAGUGGUCUUGUAUGAAGGGCAUGCGCGCCGGCGCGUUGGGCCUCUCGGCCACUUGUCUUGUACACCUUUGCUACCAGGAAAUGGCUCAAAUUAUUAGGUUUUUAUUCAGUUGUUUUCUACAAGUUGAUAAAAUAAAAGUAAACUUCCCUACCAAGACAUU